AUGUCAUCGGCGGCUCAACUACUGCUGGAUUCGGCGGUGCGAGACGACGACGAUCCACUUCUUUAUCAUCUGAAUGCCAGUCUUCUUGAAGCGGCGAAAGAUGGAGUCAACACUUCACUGAAGGAUAUUCUAUCUGAAGUCCAGGCGCAUAAUUUAUUCAACGACACUUUCUACGGACCCGGUGGAGCCAUGGAGUCUACACCCGGAAGAUCACUCAUCCAAAACCUCUACUAUUUCUACAUGCCGUUUUGUGUUUUCGUCGGGCUCACUGGCAAUACGAUGGUUUGGAUUUUGAUCAGAAGCAACCGAAUGCUGAGCAAACUUCCGACGAACGUGUAUCUGUUGUGUCUGGCGGCGAUGUCAUCAAUCUUCCUACUCUCGUUACUUGUUUUCUGGAUAGAAGAGGUCGCAUAUAUCUACUUCUAUGAUAUAUUCCAAGACUCACUUCUUCGGAAUUCGUACUACAGCUGCAUUUUCAACACGUUCUUGGCACACGUCUGUGAUUUUGCAUCGGUAUGGCUGAUUGUGUUGGUUGGACUCGAACGUCUACUACUUCUGUAUCGGAAGACACGUGGAUUGACUGUGGAGAAAGCUCGAGCCCAAGUAUUCAUUCUUCUCGGAUUCGCAAUGGUCUUCAAUGGAUGGAUCCUUUUUGUGGCUGACAUGAGUCCAGAGGGACAGUGUGACAUCAAGCUAGAAUUCGUUGGAAUGUACCAGACCAUGACUAUUGUGGAAACUAUUGUAUGUAUGCUGGUACCAUCGGUCUUGAUCAUUGCUUGCAACUGUCUAGUUGUCAGCAAAUUGAACAGCCAUAUCAAGAAGAACCCAGGAUCCCCAGCGGUGUCAUUCAAUACUGCUGAUAUUGUGCUAACAACUCAGACUUCUGCUCCGAGCAACACACUGAAGAGCUAUACGAGAAUAUCCAGCAGAUUCUCGAUUGAUGUGGAGAAGACUCCGAAAAAGAAGAAGAAGGGAAUACGGUAUACUGAUAUUCAGUUGACCAGAUCCCUUUUGGUCGUCACUUGGGCUUUCAUUCUACUCAACAUCCCUAACUAUGGAUACAGAAUUGCCAGUAUUUUGUUUGGAAUUCCAGAAAAUUCGUCGAUGAUGACAGCAAUUUCUCUGGGAGCUCAUGUCUUCCUCUACACCCAUCACGCAUUUUUAUUCUAUCUCUACAUCUUCUAUUCGCCACAAAUGAAGCGCCGUCUGAAACCCACGGCGAUGAAGUUGCUCGAGUGUUAUUGCUUCAAGCCACCCGGUGAUUAUCAUGAUCACACUUAA